AUGGCCACACAUUCAGGCGAUGAUGAUGCGGAAUUAAAAUCGCUAGUUAGGCAAAGAGCUCAUAUUAAAAGUCGGUUAACUAGAUUUACCAACUAUUUGAACGAGUUACAAGAAUCAGAGUUGGAUGAAUUGUUAGUUUUAGAAUUAGAAACAAGGUUACAUAGGGCAGAAUCAUUACAAAGUGAAUACGAAACGGUACAAAAUGAAAUUGAAGCGAUUUCGGAACAAAAUAUAGACCCGGAACUGCAGAAAAAUUUAGGACAGGAUCAUGUAAGCACUUCAACAAUACUACCAGAAUCCUUUGAGUUAGAUGGAGCAGAUAGGGAGGAAAAUGCACUGAAAAGAAGUAAAACCCAGAAAAAGAAAAUUUUAAAACUUCAACGGAAUAUGGGACAGGAGUAUGUAAGAGCAUAUUCCAAAAAGUUUGUUUCUAAUAGAUGCAUAAAAGCACGUUGUCAGAAAAAUCUUGUGUACUUCCAAAUAACAGAUGAAGAAAGAAGAGAAAUCUUUGAAAAAUUUAAUGGCGUCGGCGGUUUACAUCUUCAGCGAAAGUUUUUGGCAAGGCACAUAAAAGUUGAUGAAACACGGAGAAAAACGACUGAUAAAGAACAUCCUGGUUAUUCUUUUACAGUAGGAAAUAAGUCUUGUAGAGUGUGUAAUUUUUUUUAA